GUUUGUGGGCAGAGUGUGUGAAGCUCUUGCAUUGAUAACCUGCAGCUCAAAGUCCCUCGGUCUCACUUUGUGGCUGUCCCCAUCGCCUGGAACUUCCUCCGUCCCGCUCUGUCUCCUUUCUGCUUCUCGCUCCUCGGACCCUCGUCUGCGGCCGCGCUCGGACCCCUGCCUUUAGCUGUCACCAAUGGCGCCCACCUAUCAGCUUUUCCUGCUGUUGCUCGGCCUUGUGGGAACUCAGGCCACCUUUGAUCAUCGCAUGGCCGCCGCUAUGGCGACAGGUCUCUGCAGAACUCGCCCCACGGAUCUCGUCUUCAUCAUUGACAGCAGUCGCAGCGUUCGCCCCUCAGAGUUUGAACAAGUCAAGGUUUUUCUGGCCAAAGUCAUCGAGGGACUGGACGUUGGACCCAACUCCACCCGUGUCGGAGUUGUCAACUACGCGAGUCGUGUCAAGAACGAGGUGUCCCUGAAGACUCACCGCACCAAAGCCGCACUGGUCAAAGCCGUGACGAAAAUCGAGCCCCUGUCCACUGGAACGAUGACCGGUCUGGCGAUCCAGUUUGCCCUGAACGUGGCUUUCAGCGAGGCAGAGGGCGCUCGRGCCAAAUCUCCCGACAUCAGCAGGGUUGCUAUUAUUGUGACAGACGGGCGUCCACAGGACAACGUGAAGGACGUGGCCCAGCGUGCACGAGACGCUGGCAUUGAGAUCUUUGCCAUUGGAGUGGGACGUGUGGACAUGAACACCCUGAAGCAGAUGGCCAGUGAAUCUCUGGACGACCACGUGGACUACGUGGAGAGCUACAGCGUCAUUGAGAAGCUCACCAAGAAGUUUAAGGAGGCCUUCUGUGUGUCGGACCUGUGUGACACCGGGGAUCACGACUGUGAGCAGGUAUGCACCAGCACCCCAGGAUCAUACAAGUGUGGCUGCAGAGAGGGCUUUACCCUAAUGGACGAUGGUCGCAGCUGCAGUGCUGCUUGCAGCAACGCAGCCAUAGACGUGGUGUUUGUCAUCGACGGCUCAAAGAGCAUUCGACCCGAGAACUUUGAGCUGGUCAAGAAGUGGAUCAACCAGAUCGUCGACAAAAUGGACGUCUCCGAGAGCAAGACUCACGUAGGACUCGUGCAGUACUCCAGCCUGGUCAAAACGGAGUUUCCCCUGGGCCAACACAACAACAAGAAGGAUCUGAAGGACGCCGUGAAAAAGAUGGACUACAUGGAGAAGGGAACCAUGACAGGCCAUGCUCUGAGUUACAUGAUGGAAACGAGCUUCAGCCUCUCUCAAGGCGCCCGGCCCGGAGUCCAAAAGAUCGGCAUUGUCUUCACUGAUGGACGCAGCCAGGAUUAUAUUAUGGACGCUGCUAAGAAGGCAAAGGAAGAAGGCGUGAAGAUGUAUGCUGUUGGAGUGGGCAGCGCAGUGGAGAGCGAACUGAAAGCUAUCGCCUCUGAGCCCAUCGCAGAGCACUACUUCUACACGGCCGACUUUAAGACCAUGAACCAGAUUUCCAAGAAGCUGCAGAUCAACGUCUGUGAGGACCCUUGUGAAUGUGACUCCCUCGUAAAGUUCCAAAAGAAAGUAGAAGCAGCUUUACAGGCACUAAACAAAAAAUUAGAGAGUAUGUCGAAGAGGAUCGCCUUGCUGGAGAAAAAAAUAGUUUGAAGACUCACUUCCUCCUCUUCUCCACAUCUGCACCCACACACAUGCUCUGCACAUUUCUUUUUCUGACUUUGAAGAAAAAAACUGAAGAAGGACCAGCUGGCUGUGCAAACCUAAACUUCCCUGAGCUCACCAGAACCUCUAAAAGCACCUGUCGUCUUCUACGCUCCUUUYCCAGUUCUUCCACAGAGACCACACCUGGAUGAAGACAUGAUGUCCAGAGGUUGUCCUCCAGAGCCAAACUGUGUGUUAAUAAGUCUUCGUCUUUGCCACAAAGAGCCUGUGUCGUGUCAAACGGAGCCAUGCAUCACCGUCACUUCUGUUUCAUCUUUACCCUCUUUUCUUUACACUCCACACAAAAAUAUAUACAUAUACAGGUAAAUUAAUAUAAGAUCUAUGUCUGAUAAGAAUACACUAGUGAUGUUUAUUUUCCUAAAUAAAGGUGAUUCAGGAAGUAAAUAAA